AUGGGUGGCGUGUACGAGGCCGUGAGCAAGAUCGAUGACCUGGCCGGUGGUCUCCUGACCCUGAGCGAGCUGCACGCCUUCAUGCUUAGAGUUGACCCCGUCAACUUCAAGGUAAUUAUCACGAACUAUAUCCAAUGCACCCAUAAUGCGCUAUAGGCGUAUGGGCAAUGUAGUAUUAACCUAUACCUAUUCUAAUCGUUUGCAUAAGGCGCCAUUGAGCUUUACUCAGAAUAAUCAAAGUACUGACACUUUGCUCUGUUUGUCCCUUGUCAGAUCCUGUCCCACUGCAUCCUGGUGGUCUUGUCCAUGCUGUUCGCGGAGGAGUUCACCCCUCAGAUUCAUGUUGCCGUGGACAAGUUCUUGGCCCUCCUGGCCCUGGCUCUGUCCGAGAAGUACCGCUAAAGGACCAAUCAGCACCAACACGCCAGCACUCACACCUGCUGUGGUCCUCAGUGUGGAAAUAAAUUGUCUUCUUCAUUGAGAAAUAAAAAGUGCAAUCAAUUAAAUCUAUAGUUUCUAUAGUGUUUCUUGGUACUCUCGUCAAAAAUAAGGACUGCUUGUGAGGUAGAUAGCGGUAAUAAGAGUCUGAGCUAGUCGACCGUUAGAGAUUAAACACAUUUGAUUAAAAACUCUAAAGCAAAGACAACAACUGUCAUUAAAAAUAAACAAACAAAAUAUCAAAAAGGUGAUGAUGACUACUAAAUUACAAUAUUGCUUUUAAUAUAAUAAAUUACUUUUAAUCAAUAUUAAAAAUAACGAAAAUUAUAUUAUUAGUGCAUGGGGGUUGGAUGCUUUUCCAAUGCUCAAAGCGUUUUACAUUAUAAUUUAUAAGGAACAUUUAUACCUCAUCCACUAGGCCUUAAUUCCAAGCAAACGAAACGAAUUAAACUCAUAUGAAAAUGUAAUGGAGUCAAUUCAACAAUUAAGAAACGAACAAAUACACUAAGAUAAAUUUAUGAAAAAUAAUGAAAAUGAUCGCAAUAAAGUGUAUUUCUGAAAUAUUAAGAUCUAUUUACCCUAGGCUGAUGUAUUUCACAUGACAGGAAACUUAUAGAUUCAUAUUUUGUUUUAUUACACAUGAUUCAAAUAAUAAAACAAUUAUUUAAAUACAAAUAAUACAUAACAAUUUCAAGCAAAAAAAUAUUUUCUUUGAAUAUUAGGCCUAUGAUCCUAACAUGUUUUUUGUAUGUAAUAUUUUCGAUUUAUCACAUUGGCUGCCUUACAAUAGAAGGCAACGAAUUAAAUAAAAGCUUGUCUGCUUUUGAUGUAUUCCUAUAGCAAAAUGUUGUACUUAUUGUUUACUGUAGUCUAUUUACUGUAGCCUAUUUACUGUACUUACUGUACUUAUUGUACUUUGGCUCUUUGUAUGGGUCAUAUCGACCCAGAACAUAAACCAUAUAGCCUUUUUGAACAUAACACAAGGAUUAAUACAUUGUAUUAAACUAUUUACAACAAUUCUUUAAAUAACAUACUUUAUUUAUUUAUUACAUAUGAUUAUUAAAUGAAUUAUUAAUAUAAUGAAUCCACAAUGUAUUAAGAAUGAAAGAAAGGCUAACUUUGAGAGGAGGUAAUAGCGUACUAUAAGUUACAGAUAAACACUGAGAAAAAUAUUUUUUUUUGUAUAAACUGUAUGAAAAAGAGACUAAAUGAUUUGGUAAUUGAAUGGAAAUUAAUUAAUUAAAUGUUUAUGUUUCUAUGUGCUUUUCCAAAUAAAUUAAAACGAAUAUGCAGCAACCUCGGAACAGCAUGUCCAUAGAACAUGGGCUAUUGACAUUUUAGUUCCUUAUGUAGGCUACAGAAUUGUUGAAAAUAUUUACGAGGGCUAUAAAAAGAAACAUGAAAUGAGUUUGAAAACACAUAAAACGCCCUAACUUUUAUCUAAACUAAGCAGAGAUCCAAGUGCAAAUCCAAGUGCAAAUCCACAUCUGUUCCGUGACAGGCACGUACACCUCCACAGUCAUUCAAUCAGACGCGUCUCCCUACAUCUGGCUGUAGUGUAUUCUGUUUAUAAACCGUUGGAGAUGCAGUUAGGCUCAGAUCGUUUUCUGUGCAACUCAAGAAACCGAGCAAACAGUCAAAAUGGUGGAGUGAACAAAUGAAGAGCGCGCUGCCAUCACUGAUAUCUUCUCUAACCUCGACUACGAUCGAGUGGGCGCCGAAUCCCUGGAAAGGUAAAUGCUUUGCUAUCCCAUCCUCCUGCAAGUUUACAUUUCAGUCAUUUAGCAGACGCUCUUAUCCAGAACGACUUACAGUUAGUGAAUACAUUUUUUUUUAUAUACUGGCCCCUCGUGGGAAUCGAACCCACAACCCUGGCGUUGCAAACGCCAUGCUCUAUCAACUGAGCUACAUCCCUGCCGGCCAUUCCCUCCCCUACCCUGGACGACGCUGGGCCAAUUGUGCGCCGCCCAUGAGUCUCCAGGUCGCGGCCGGCUGCGACAGAGCCUGGAUUCGAUCCAGGAUCUCUAGUGGCACAGUUAGCACUGCGAUGCAGUGCCUUAGACCACUGCGCCACUCAAGAGAAUAACUAUUCAGUUUAAUUCCAUAAAACAAUUAUUUAGGAGUUUUAUAUUACCGGAAUGCAGUAGUCACGAAGAAUAGUCUCGGUUUUCCGUCAGGUGUCUUUGGGAUUAUCGUUCAAAUACAACACGAUUCUUUGAUUUGAGCAGGUUUCAGAGAGUUUAAAGCAGACCUAUGACUUUAUUUUCCACAUGACAGGUGUCUGAUCGUUUACCCCUGGACCCAGAGGUACUUCCGGGCCUUCGGCAACCUGUACAACGCAGACGCCAUCAUUAACAACGCUCUGAUCGCUAAGCACGGAAUCACUGUGCUGCACCGUCUGGACAGAGCUCUGAAGAACAUGGACGACAUCGAGAACACCUACACUGAGCUGAGCGUUCUGCACUCCGAGAAACUGCACGUGGAUCCCGACAACUUCAAAGUAGGUUUUGAACAUAAAGCCAAUAUUCAAUGAAUAGUUGUUUGUAAUUUGUUCCAAAGUCUGGGCUGCUCAGAAAUAGAUUUAGGCAGCAUUUGUAUAAUUGUCAUAGCAUAAACCUAGGCCUACGGGUCAUGCCUGUAACCUUCGUUCAUUUUAUGUAGUCUAUAGGCAAUAGAUCAAGUGGCCUUUAGCUUGAAGUCAGACAUUUAGUCAAAAAUGUAAAAGAUCUAAUCUGUUUUCUCCUAUAUAUUUGGUCUGUCCUCUAGCUGUUAGCUGAUGUUCUGACCGUGGUGGGAAGAUGGGCAACGACUUCACCCCGGAGUGUAAGGAAGUUCUUGUCCGUGGUUGUGUCCGCUCUGGGCAGGCAGUACCACUAA